CUCACGUUCAACAUGGCUACUGCUGAUGUCGAAGACGAUUUCGAAGCGCUCGAACCCACGGUUAAAAAUAUAAUCGAUCAGAAAACGCUGCGUUGGGUUUUUGUCGGCGGAAAAGGAGGUGUCGGCAAGACAACUUGUAGGUUAGUCAUGAGGUUUUUUUAAUGUGUUCCACAAAGAAAAUAUAUUUAGCGCCACGAUAAUGAUCAGUACUAUGCUUCAAAAAUAAGCUCAAAUUUUCCUUGUAAAUUAAGCUUAAUAUGUAAGCUUAUUGUCUGUGUAUACAAUUUUUGUUUGAAUGAAUAUGUGUCUUAAGUCAAAGUUUGUUACCAGAUGUCGUCGGUUUUUCGGUUAGGAUCUCAGUUUGAAAAUAGCAUAAGAGAGAAUAGUAAAAAGGUGUAGUUAAAAAAUUAUUUCUUUACAAGCAGGAACGUGUUAGCUUCUUAUUUAUUUAUUUAUUUAUUUAUUUGAUAUUUGCACAUUUUAAAAGAUUUUUGUAUUUAAUCUUUAUUUGAUUUAAUUAUUUAAUUUAAUAGCCUUUAUUUUUCAUGGCUUCAAUGGGAAUAGCAUUGGCCAUGGGCCGGGGGAACACAGCAUUUUUUAUUGAAACGCCUGCAUAAUUAAUAUGUGGGGCUGUGUGGUAAUUUUCUUCUUAUAGGAAGUGUACUUAUAUCAUGAUCAUAAUUCCCUCACCCACAUCACAGUGUGCGAAGAACUUUGCUAUUGAGCUCAUGAAUCUGGUUCUUAACUUGCUUAAUGGGCAAGUGAAGUUUUUUCAGGACUUCAAAUUACAUAAGAACUGUGUAAUCAAUCCUGCUCAUCAGAACGUUUUUGGGGCUAGUUGAAAUGAAUUUUUGGCUAGUACAUGCUAGCUACAGCUUGCCUGAAUGGCAAGUUGCAAAACUGACGUUCUUUGCACCCUGCAUCUGCAAUGUCAAAGUAUACAGAGUUAUACAAUACAACCAUCAAAACUGUACAAGAAAAUGAAGAAAAAUCCAAGUGACCAUAGCAUAAUGCCCCCAUCAGAUCGAAACUUCAACAUCCUUUGCAAGCAACCUCCCAGGCAAUAAAAUAUUAAAGGGCAGCCUUGUGCAAAUUUUUGUUGUUGUAAGGCUGACAUUAAUACACAUGGCCAAACUUAAAUUUCUUGUGUGCGCAGAAGCAGUGGACAACAGUUUACAAUGGAAAUUUAUAAAGAAAUGUGGGAUGAAAAUCAGCAUGGUGUUCAAUGUACCUGGACAAUUUGUUCGGUCUGAGACUGAAAGGUUGAAUUCUUUAAAUCUCAGUUUUGGCAAACUUAAACUCCUAUCCUCAAAUUUUUGCACUUCCCAGAAUGGAGAUAAAAAUGCCAAAAACUUACCUUUUUCUUCCACACGAUUCCUUUGCAAAUGGAGCACUGCUGCCUUGAUUAACCUCGCUAAUUGAGACAGCUUCAUUGGAAAACUCUCAGAUGUUCAUUUUAAAACUUCAAGUUGAGAGUUUUAUCUUUCUUUAGUGAGUUUUUCGUCAUCUGAAAAAGCAUAUUCUUCCUUCCUAUGUUUUAAGAAUUUGUUGUUAAUUCUAUAGUAAAAGCGCGUCUACUACACGGUUGUAAUCUAAGACCUUCUUAUCUUGGCCAAAAAUCAUCCAAAUUUUCUCCAAAACCUCUCAUUUGAAAGCUUAUUUCAUAGGUUUUUCAUCGCCAUUUCUCGUCUUAGCAAUAUUUUUUAUCAGUGUCUUUUAUUUGACCUCAAACAACUAUAUAUUUGACCACUUGAACGUUUCAAACAUUUUGAGCCCAGAAUUCACUAUAAAAACCAACGGCUCUGACCAUUGCAUGACAGCAUGAAUGUAAGUCACAGAAAGUUUGACGUACGAGAUUUCUGGCCAUGGAUGAUGUAUGUUUGUAGUGGUAAAAUUCCCUACCAAAGUACAUAGUAGAUUUGGUGAUCAAAAUGCCCUAAUUUUGCAUUUGAAAUUGAGAUCUCCGGUUUACAAAAUAAAUCAACUUCCAUGUUUUUUUUGCUGCUUGAUAAUGAGACAGUUGACAGCCUUGAGACAGCCUUUUCAACCAUUUAAGAUUAACAGAAUUUUGGUAGGGGGAAGGGAUGCUGAGGGUUUUUUUUACAUCAAGAUUUGCAGGGCUUAAAAAAAUUCAUGUCCAGUUGUCCGGGACAUCUAGAUUUUCUUGCAAGGCUUGCAAGUAACUUUUAAAGCUUCAUUGCCCAAUGGGCAAGGUUCCAGGCAAUUAAGUAAUAUUCUCUCAAAAAUAAUCAUAAAAUAAGACAAGUAAGAAGUGGCCCUGGGCAAGUAAAAUGUGAGUGCUGCUUACACAAAGAACAAGCUUUAAAUCAAUUUUUUCCAAGCCCUAGAUUGGCACAUAAUUUACCAAGGACCAAAUCAUGAAGGAAAAAAAACUAAUUUUGUAAGAACAAGAGUGUCAAUACUGCAACAGCGUUGAGUGAAAGCUGGCACCUUUUUAGAUCAAGCUUUCUUUGAAAAGAAUUAUUUGACAUCACUGUUCUUUCAGACAUACAGUAUCAAGAAGAUAGCUUUGUGUGCUGUUCAGUUUAACAAAGCAGUACCCUUUUCUUUUUUUUUUCAGUUGUAGUAUUGCCCUUCAGCUAGCCCAAACAAGAGAAAGUGUACUAACAAUAAAAAAAAAAGUGACUUAUCCCGGGGAACUUUGCUAUCUAAACAGUUCAUGUAUUAGAAAAAAGCAUUACUUUAAUGUUUAUGAGUUCCUCAAGGAAUAAAUUCAUGCUUUUGUAGCAAAACUCGGUAACGGAUGUUCCUGUUGGUUUCCGUCCAUCAUGUUGGUGCUCAUCCAGAUGGACACCAGCAUGGCUUCUACAUACAAAUCUCUGUUGUGGUUCAAUUUUAUCCUUGGUUUAAUUUUUAUUUUCUUUUGUUUAUAAGCAUUGAGUGCAGCAUUGAGUAAAAGCUGGCACCUUUUUAGAUCAAGCUUUCUUUGAAAAGAAUUAUUUGACAUCACUGUUCUUUCAGACAUACAGUAUCAAGAAGAUAGCUUUGUGUGCUGUUCAGUUUAACAAAGCAGUACCCUUUUCUUUUUUUUUUCAGUUGUAGUAUUGCCCUUCAGCUAGCCCAAACAAGAGAAAGUGUACUAACAAUAAAAAAAAAAGUGACUUAUCCCGGGGAACUUUGCUAUCUAAACAGUUCAUGUAUUAGAAAAAAGCAUUACUUUAAUGUUUAUGAGUUCCUCAAGGAAUAAAUUCAUGCUUUUGUAGCAAAACUCGGUAACGGAUGUUCCUGUUGGUUUCCGUCCAUCAUGUUGGUGCUCAUCCAGAUGGACACCAGCAUGGCAUCUACAUACAAAUCUCUGUUGUGGUUCAAUUUUAUCCUUGGUUUAAUUUUUAUUUUCUUUUGUUUAUAAGCAUUGAGUGCAGCAUUGAGUAAAAGCUGGCACCUUUUUAGAUCAAGCUUUCUUUGAAAAGAAUUAUUUGACAUCACUGUUCUUUCAGACAUACAGUAUCAAGAAGAUAGCUUUGUGUGCUGUUCAGUUUAACAAAGCAGUACCCUUUUCUUUUUUUUUCAGUUGUAGUAUUGCCCUUCAGCUAGCCCAAACAAGAGAAAGUGUACUAAUAAUUUCUACAGAUCCUGCUCACAAUAUUUCAGAUGCAUUUGAUCAAAAAUUUAGCAACAUUCCUACAAAAGUGAAAGGCUGUAAUAACCUUUUUGCUAUGGUGAGUGUGAGUAAACUGCUAAGUUUGUCUUCAAAAUCUAAGAUCAUAUCAGUAUAAAAAUUUGUUUCUUCAUAGUAAUAACCUUUUUUUUCUCAUGGGAUGAUGGAGGUUAAUUACAUAUAGUUUGAACCCACCCCUCCUUCCAACAUACAUACACACAGACACCACUCCUCUGGAGAUUACAGCUUAGUUUCAUAUUUUUCCUACUUACUUUCCUCCCUACCCCUCUGGUUUUCGAAUAAGCCUCCACGAGGUGGGCAUGUGAAUAUCUUUUGCAUAACUACCUAUAUAAAUACUAGACUCAAAGCUUCCAUGCACCAUCUAAAGGGGCCAAGAUUUGAUAGUUUGCUCAUGAUGGGUGAUUCCUGAUUACUUGCAAGAACUGGUCACAUGUAGAGGUGCAACUGUACUAUCAAUACAGGCCAACCCGAAACAAGGGUGAAUAUCACACUAAAAUAAUAUUUAUUAUAUUACAGUGUUUAUUUUUAAAUUUUCUUUAGUUAACAGGAUUUCUCAUUAUUAUUUCUCAUUAUCUUUUCAUUAUACUUAACCAUGAUAGUCCUCUUGGAAGCAGAGUACAAUAAACAAUUUUUUUUGCUUUAAAAAAGCUUUCAAAUUGUGAAUGUUAAAUGAAUUUUCAUUUAAAUACCAUUGCAGGAAAUAGACCCUAACAUUGGAUUUUCUCAUCUUCCUGAUGAUGUUUUUGAUGAACCAGGUACACCGUAAAAUAAUUAAAUUAAUACCUUUUUACACAAAAUCUCUGCUUCUUGACACUUGACAACAGCCGUGAAAUUGCACCCGUUUUGGGAAACAAAAUUACUGUACAUGUACUUUUUCAAGGGACAGUAAGGAGGGGGGCGUAAGGGUUUGCGGUGAUGCGGUUUUGGGUUAUUUUUGGUGCGGUUUUGCGGUAAUUUUUAUUUCAACUCGCCGUAUUGCGGUUUCAAAACACUGAGCGGUUUGCGGUUAUUACAACCUUUAAGUCGCGGUUUUCGGUGAAAAAAAAGUGUCUGCGGUGAUAACACUCUUUAGAACGGUCAGCAUCCGGUUGUUUUACAAGCGCGAGCCAAGUGUUUUGUUUUACAACGAAUCAGGGUUCAUCAUAUCAGCUUACAAUUUAACUCUGUGGUUUGCAAUUACGGCCUUUUCCAGUUAAUACUUAAUGUGAUUAACCGUUUUGGCCAAAGAUGUGUAGACUUCGUGAAAUUCAAUGCCGGAUGUUAGCUCGCACAGCCGUACAGCCUCGUGUUCUCGUUGCUUUGAUUCAAUGCGCGACAAUGGCAACUCAGAUCGUCGAGGUCGCAACUGAAAGCGAAGAAGACGUAAUAAUUAAUUGCGUGGCAAUCUUCUAUGAAGAAGGAAAGGAAGGAGAGAAUUUCAGAAGAGCUGUACGUUUUAACAAUCGUCUUCUCCACUGAACCGUGAACUCUUUACGAGACAAAAAGGUCCCAAUUCCAGAAGAAACAUUUAUUCCGCGUUCCACAACUAGCACAGGGUCGUCCAAAGUAAUCAGUCACCCAAUGUAAGACGUACAGGAUCAGUGACAGAGUUUUUCAAAGUAAAGAUCCGAUGGAUCUUGUUUACUGUGGGUAAUGUCGACCGAGAUGUCGGUCGAUAUAGCGGUCGAUAUAGCGGUCGACACUCGGUCGAUAGUCGGUCGACACUCGGUCGACAGUCGGUCGAUACUCGGUCGACACUCGGUCGACACUCGGUCGACACUCGGUCGAUAUAGCGGUCGACAGUCGGUCGAUAGUGGGUCGACACUCGGUCGAGACACGGUCGAUAGUCGUUCCAGAUGUGUCUCAGCCGAUAUAGCAUUUGGUUAGUAGUAAAUAGAGUAUAAUAGUGUAGUACAAUAUAUCGUUAUCGUCAUGAUGGUAUGUUUAAUACUAAAGCACAAUGUUAUCAGAAUAUAUCACAAGUCUUGCUGACGUCAGCUUUCAUAUUGUGGCCUACUUGUACUCGCGGUUUCGGUAUUCGGGUAAAAAUCCGAUGCGGUUUGCGGUUUUUUGGCGUAUUUCUGUGCGGUUUUGCGGUUUUCAGACCCCCCUUACGCCCCCCUCAGUAAGGUACAUCAUCACCCUUAUUGUGAAAAAGAUGGUCUUUGUGCUUCUAAAUAUUUUUGAAUAGACCUGCUAUCAGUCGGAAGGGCUUCAUUUCCUUCAGUGGAAAUCUUUUAUAAUAAAUCCCAGUAUAUAAGAAAAACCUUGGACAGUACAGCUGUAUAACAACAAGUGGCACUCUUUUACCCAUUAGUUGUAAAAAGUAUGGAGUAGCCUCAUUUCAACUAACAUCCGUUUACCAGUCUGUAGGUAUAAAAUGUACCUCAUUAUUUUCAGGUUCCACAACACAAUAAUUAUUGUCGGUUUUCACAUGGUGUCCCUAUAAUUCAAACUACAAAACUAUCUAAGUGUUCUACUGAGAUUUUACAUUCAUGUAAAAUGCAUGAGAGCAGCUGAAAACUAAUUUUCAAACAAAUUUUUGCUUCAAAGUCAUUCUUGGUUUUGUGAUAGAGUACGCCUGAAGAUCUAAGCUUUCGUGUGACAUGGCAUUUACAUGAUGGCUGAGAGGGCUGUCAUGUGUGUUAAAAAGUGACUUAUCCCGGGGAACUUUGCUAUCUAAACAGUUCAUGUAUUAGAAAAAAGCAUUACUUUAAUGUUUAUAAGUUCCUCCAGGAAUAAAUUCACGCUUUUGUAGCAAAACUCGGUAACAGAUGUUCCUGUUGGUUUCCGUCCAUCAUGUUGAUGCUCAUCCAGAUGGACCCCAGCAUGGCAUCUACAUACAAAUCUCUAUAAAUUUGGGUAAUAAAUUAUAUUUCUUUGGAUAUCUCUUAUACAAAAUGUUCCUCUGACCUGAAUCUUGGCGAGGGUCUUUGCAAAUUUACCUCCUUUUAUUUCCUAGAUUCUGGACUAGUAAAGUGCUCAAACAUUUAACAGAUAUGUUUGUACUCUUAUUUUUCAUUGACAGUUAUUGAGCAAUGCUGUAUCCUUAUUAUUUUUAUCGUCAACACUAUCAAUAUGUAACAAGUAAACUGUUAUACUGUAUUAUUACUUUCCUGUAGAUGUUAUGUCCAUGGGUAAGAACAUGGUGAAAGAGCUUCUUGGGGCAUUUCCAGGAAUUGAUGAGGCUAUGAGUUUUGCAGAAGUCAUGAGGUAGUGUAUAGACUAUUUUGAGUAGACCCAAGAUGGAACUGUUCUUAAUAUAAUCAAUUGGCUUUUUCUCACCAGGUUGGUUAACACGAUGGAUUUCACUGUUGUUGUGUUUGAUACAGCCCCUACUGGCCACACCCUUAGAUUGCUGGCCUUUCCAUCUAUUAUUGAGAAGUCUCUUGGAAAGAUUAUGUCUCUUAAGAACAGUAUAGCACCAUUCAUAUCACAGGUAUAUGGCUCAAAUACAAAUAUGUGUACCGCAGAAGCUCGGGCGAGAAUGACCUGUUAAAUAUUAGGGUUGGGAGGGCGGAGAGAAGAAAUGAAAUUGUGCAAAUGGUGAGAGCGCGGUUUUCACUACCGGCUCAAAAAUUGGAAGCUGAGACAUUAUUGAUCUCGCCUUGGUUAUCACGGGUACAGUGUACGUGGCUCAACAAGACCUGGCCGAUUGCAUAACAUUUAGUUUUAACAAAUGUUACGAGUUAUCUAAACACAGAAUUUCCAAAGCGUCGUCUUCCGUAGAUGGAUGCAGAAAUCGCUACGCUUGGUCCAAACCGCCUAAUAUGUAACUUGUUGGCCGUCUCUCAAAAAGAGGAGGCAAAUGACUAAGGCUAGUGCCUGCUUCACAAAACACUACACAACAAAAAAGGAAUCACCAUUACACUCUGUAUUAAACGGAACAGCUCCGCAUCAAAAUUUCCAUCCGCUAGGAAAAUUUGUCCUAGUUAAAAAUUUAUUUGAUGCGUAGAAGAUCAGUUUCUGGUCUUGGACAAUUAAUGAAUGGGACUCCUUUAUUUUUCUUUCUUUACUUAUUUGACUGAUCCACGAUUAAUUUUUAUCGAUUUAAAGUGAAUUACGUAAUAUUUUUUGUCUAAUUAUUUAUUUUUAUUAGUAUUUACCUUAAAAACUGCGUUAUGCCCUCUCGUAGUUCUCGUAUAUGCGUGCAGGAUCGAGUGAAAACUGUCGCGAUCUGUGAAAAAUAUACAAAUUAUUAUAUACAUAUAACAUUACAUUUGUAACAAUGUUUUUGAAGACCUGAAGCGAAGUGUAAAAGAUGACAAAAGCAGAAAGACUCUUCCAUUCCUUGGCUUAUCUUGCCACAAAACUAUCGAUUUUUUAUUUUUGUGAGUGUUGGUCUCGAUCUGAGUAAAUGGGUGGCUUUAACGUUAUUUAGGGAUCACAUACAAUUAGUUCCCAGGCCAUGUGACUUUUUUUCAUAUACUGCUAUCGUUUGGUAAUGAUAUUGAGCGUUCCGUAAUGAAGGAAAGAUGGCCGGUUGUGUAUUCCUUGUUUGUAGAGUGCGCCCCACCGAACCUUCAGGUAUCCUAGUUGGCAGGUUAUCUUUUUUAACGCGUACUACACUUCAAACAAACUCACUAUAAAGCGCAAUUAGCGCUACGUUUAUAGAUAAUAUUUUUGCGAAAGAAGCAAAGGAGUAGGCGUGUUAACCAGAAAAGUAUGCGAGUUGACGCAUGGCUUGUAAUGCGCCACACUCGGCGAUAAUAUUUUUGCCUAUUCACAGAGGUCUUAUUUGUACGUACUUGUCUGAGCAAUCGGGCGAGUAGGGCUCUUCUCCAUGUCGAACUCUCAUGUUUGAUUUCCCAUUAUUUAAGGCAAACAAAGCUCCGCAGUAGCUGGUUUUCAGCUGUUUCUCAGCAGAAACUUAAACUUUUAAUAACAGUUCGCCCGGGCAGGGGUGAUUUUGCAGAAUGCCGAACGCCGAUUAGUGAUUAGGGUUAGGAAACUGAGCGAAUCAAGUUUCAGGUCCUUUUUCCCAGUACAGUGACCCUAAUAGGACCCACUCACUUUCCUAACCUUGAUCACGAAACUUUAGUGUCAUUCGGCCAUUCGGCGUUCUGCAAAAUACCCCCUGCCGCAAUUCGCCUCUUAGUAAACAGAAACCAUCAAGAACGUGUAUUGUACAAUACUCCUUUUUCUUUUUUUCUUUUCUUUAAUUUUUUUCUUUUGCUUAUCAUCAUCAUCAUUAUUACUUACUUAUUUUUUUCUAGUUUGGGUCAUUGCUAGGCAUUCAUGACAUGAACGCAGAUCAAAUGACCAAGAAACUAGAGGAUACAUUACCUGUCAUACAGCAAGUCAGUGAACAAUUCAAAAAUCCAGUAUGUGUUAUUUUGAUUCUUCUUUUCUUUAACCAAAUGUGAACUUCUCAAACUUGGCUUGAAUAGAAGAAAAACAGGAUAAAAUGUCCCACUGAUCUUAAGUUAGAGGUAAUUGAUUCCCACUGAUAAAACACUACUUUUACAGUGAUCCCAAGUUAGGCGUACCCCCCAAGAUUCCAUCAAUGAAUUUAUUAUUCGAAGGUUGAAUCCGUUGGUAGUUGUGGAUUUCAGACCCAUCUGUUUAGUCUUGCAUGCGUAAUCAGCCGUGAAUUCACACGCGAAGGAGUUAGUUAAAUAUCUACCAGCUGUUUUCAGAAUUUGAUGUAAAUGUCUUCGAUGCAAUUUUAACCAUUCAAAGUUUUCAAACUGACCAAAUACAGAUAAGUUCUCGUAAAAUAUUUACUGCUCAUUACGCAUGCAGCAAUGCCGACUUCAGUUUCACACUAGUUACGGGAACGACUAACGGAUUCAUUUUUCAAAUAAUCAAUUCAUUAAGAGAAUCUUGGGGCCUCCGAAUGUGCGAGGAGAGCCGAGCGGCCUUCUUCCCUUCUACCCCCAUCCCUUUCUGAGCACGCUUUCUCGCCUUAUGGCCGUAUCCCUUACGAGAGAGGGUUUGCUCGCUGACUAUUCUCACGAUCACCUUUACUAUAGAACAAUAAUUAAGUUCCGUAGAUAUAUUUAAUCCCUUUGCUACACAAAGAGAAGUAAAAGAGUCUCUCUAAAGGGAGAAGUACGUUUAAAAAUAUUCUCUGAGGUGAAGUGAAUUAUUUUUUCAUCUUCAAUGACAACAGUCUUUUUCCAGUGAUAUCUGUAUAUAUUUUAUGUGUUAACCAUAUACGUACUUGUUUUUUGUAGGAUCACACAACAUUUGUCUGCGUGUGUAUAGCAGAAUUUUUGUCUCUUUACGAAACAGAGAGACUAGUGCAAGAACUCACCAAGUCAGAAAUCGACACGCAUAACAUAAUAGUAAAUCAGCUUGUUUUUCCUGACAAAGACACUGGUAUGACGACCCUUAAUCUUAUCUUAAUUGUUAUUAGGGAAUUGUAGUUCUCCCCGUCUUUUCAAAUUCCAGCGUUAACUCUGGCGUUAUAAUGGUUGUCACUUUCGAAUCUGUUGGUCAAAUUCUUGGACAACACGUAUAGCUGUCAAGAAGAAUUGUCUUUUUGAUAUUUUAAGUGCUUAAUGAGGUUGUUGCAACUUUUGAGCCAGCCUGUGACUGAAUAACUCAAUAUGUGCAUUUUAGCAAACUUGAACCGUGAUGUCAUCAAAAGAGACACCCUGAAAAGGCCAGGAUCAGAUUUUAUCCGCCAAAACAAGUUCUUGCUAUUUCUUGGAAUGACGUGAAAAUUUAUUUCCCCUCAAUAAAGAAAACGAAGCGGAAAGGUUUAGAAAGUCAGCCUCGAAACUCACUCAUGCAACUUGUGCUACAGGGAUCUUUAAUUUUGGGAUUUCUGAGGAGUUGCCGAAACAUUAAAUGAAAGCGAACCGUAGGGUUUUAAAUCGGUUACCCAGUACCCUGGAUCAGUCUAAAGGUCCAACUUAACGUAUUUAAGCGAUGAAGUAAACUUACAUACGUCCACAGUUGGGGAAAAACCCAUGGUUUAAAUUUGCUUUUUUUAUAGGUGCGGCGUGUACUUUAUGUGAAGCACGAGCGAGAGUUCAGAACAAAUAUCUUGAACAGGUAACAAACACAUUACAGUCGUAGCCUGCUUGGCAGGCGUUAAAAGGGGGAGAGGAAAUUUGGGAGCGCGAGAGCGCGUUGGGUGCGCGAGGGAGAAAGGAAAGGAAUGCCUGCAAGGACGCCAUAGAGUACUAAAGUAAUGACGUCAUAAAAAUGAAAUUUCUGAAAUUAUGGGAUUUGUCAGGAUAUUCUGAAAGAACAAUGUUCAAGAGGCCUACUUGCCAAAAAUGAGCAUUUCGGGGCAAAUUGUCUCCGAGAUCGUAGCCCAGUUAUACUCAGAAAACUCAAUACAAACCCUUCUAAAUUUUUUUGGGGGUCGACCCAAAAAAAAUUUAGAAGGGUUUGUAUGGAGUUUUGUAAGCAUAACUGGGCUACGAUCUCAGAGACAAUUUGCCCCCAAAUGCUCAUUUUGGGCAAGUAGGCCUCUUGGACAUUGUUCUUUCAGAGCAUCCUGACAAAUCCCAUAAUUUCGGAAAUUUCAUUUUUAUGACGUCACACUUUAGUACUCUAUUGUUUUCUCCAUUUUUCAAGCUCAGAUUAAAAAUAGUGAUUGGUCAGAAUUAAUUAAAUGUCAAUCUUCGACGUAAUACCUUUUUCUGAUUGGUUGAAAUCAACAUCACGCCAUUUGAGUUACUAAACGUAUGUCGUUAGUGAAGCGUGAUGAGAUUUCUCUAUGGGAAUUCAUCGUUAGAAGACAUCAGCUUAAAAGGAGAAUAGAAAAAAGCAGUUUAAGAAUCGUAUGAAGGAAAAGGCGUUUUACCGACUGGUUCUGAAAAGUAUCAUCUCCCAACGGCAGUGGACGACCGCAUUUGAACUUUUUUAACAUUAACUUUACUUUAGAUUUCUUGUUUUAGGAAAACAAAAGAAAAACAGUGCGAGAAAUACGACGUGCAUCGCGGCAAGACAAGUUUGACAGCUAGUCAUUCACAGUUGCGUUAUUUUUGUUAUUCUUUUAAUUAGUAGACGGGAUGGCGAAAACAAUGGUUUCCUUGCAGGCGUUCCCUUCCUCCCUCCUCCCUCCUCCCUCCUCGCUCGCGCGUGGUCUCGCGCCCUAAUUCCCUUCCCCUUUCCUUUCGAACGCCUGCCACGCAGGCUAUUACGGUCGAAGCCGUCACAACAGACACACUUAACACAUUCACACCUCAUCUGACCGCAUAACGCCUGUUCAGAUUCUCUUCCCUUGUACCACCUGAUAUUCUCUUAACAUAUAUAGUCAAACAUUAUCUACACUCGUUGCGGCCCGUUUAGAUCUUCGUCCCUUAAACCAGUUGUGACUCUCUUAACACAUUCAAACAUUAUCCAAACGCGUUACCGUUCAGAUCCUGGUCCCUUAAACCACUUGUUACUCUCUUAACACAUUCACACUAAAUCCACCCGCGCGUUUAGAUCCUCGUCCCUAUAAUUAUUGGUCGCUUUUAUUUUCAGAUUCAAGAUUUGUAUGAAGACUUCCAUGUUAUUCGCCUCCCACUAUUAGCUCACGAAGUUCGUGGAUAUCACAAAAUCGAGCAUUUCUCGAAACAUCUAAUCACGCCUUACGCAGUGUAAACAUUUGAAUAUACAUAUGUGAUCAACCGUGUCAUCUUUCUUAUGUUGUCUGUACUAUGGUCCUCAAAUCCUUAAAGGUUCGUUAACAUUAAUAAGGGAUAAGGUUUCAGGGACAUGUUCUACAGGAAUAUUACUUACUUAAUACUUACUCAGUUAGGCCGGGAAUCAUCCCGAGUCGUCCUAAUAUAAUCUUUGCACACGAACUGAUCGAGCGUCGGAUUUCUUAUCUCUUUGGUAUUGUCCAGUCCUGUGUCAGCCUUGAUGGUGUCAAUGUAUGUAGUUCUUGGUCAUGCUGGGGUUCCCAAAGCAGCACUUUUGAAGCAGUCUCUUCAUUGUGACGAGCACAAUGGCCAGCAAAUCUUAAUCUUCUCGCACGGAUUGUUUCACUAUCUAUUGGGAGGCUCCGAAUAGCUCUUGGUUGUUCAUAUGUUGUUGGCCAUUUACAGCAUUCUUAAUUAAAGCCUCUGUAAUAUUUGUUAUCUUACAGGCGAACACAGAAUACUGGGCAAAAAAUUGCCAAGUGAAGUUUUUAACUAGUUGAUUAAAGUUUAACUUCUUAUGACAUGUCAACCGUUAGGAUUUGUUAUAGAAUUUCACAGGCAUCAAGGACAAUCUUGUGAACUGCUUGCAACAUCCCUCCAUGAAAACUCUUUUUUUUGCCACAUAAUGACGAAAAUUCUUUUCGUUCGCGCACCAAACGUAUUAGUGUCAGUUAUUUUGGCGACAAAAUCAUGUUCGGUUUUCCAGUGUCAUAUAACAGCAACUGCUCCCAAGGACAUGAAUCCCCGUUUAUGAAAGCAAUAAAACACUGCCCUGGUAUUACUUGACAGGGUGGACGAUCUUUCUACCUCUUUUCCAAUGUCUUGGUCAAGCUUCCCGUCCCAUAAGUUGGACUACAAUGAGUGACGCAGGGUUUGAAAAUCCCCUUAUCUCCUUGCCAUCUUGGCUUUAAGGCUUUCUGCAUAGUUUCAAUAAAGUUGUCAUAGGAAUAGGACAAAAAGAAUUGAAAAACCUAAUUAGGAAAAAAAUAGGCAUGCUCAUUUCAUUAAGGGAUCUGCUUUCACGAAAGAAAGAAGAAGAAAAGGACAUUUUCACAGAGGCCAGUAUAUCCUCUAAACUGUAUUAAUGCAAAAUUAAAGUAUUUAACCGUUCUGCAAAACUGUUGUCAGGAACAUAAAAAUCAUCAAACCUUAAUUUCCAUGACUAAUUAAUUAAAACCUAUUUGCCUUUUUUCUCUUAUGACAAGGUGACUAUCAAUACACACCGCACCUUUUCAACUUCC